GCCAAUCCCCGCUGCAGAGAGGACUUCGCCCGGGUGGGGUUGGGGGACUAAGUGGUCUGGGGACCGCGGGGCCAGUCACCCGGGUCGGAGACCACGUGGUCCCAGGAGCUUGGUGGAUACAAUGGGCGCGCAGCCCCCCAACUUCUCGUGGGUGAUCCCAGGCCGGCUGGCGGGGCUGGCGCUUCCGCGGCUCCCCGAGCACUACCAGUUCCUGCGGGAGCAUAGCGUGCGGCACCUGGUGUCUCUGACCGAACGCAAGCCCCCUAACAGCGACAGCUGCCCAGACCUCACCCUGCACCACCUGCGCAUCCCUGACUUCUGCCCGCCGAGCCCAGAGCAGAUCGACCGCUUCGUGCAGAUCGUGGAUGAGGCCAGCUCCCGCGGAGAGGCUGUGGGAGUGCACUGCGCCCUGGGCCGGGGCCGCACAGGCACCAUGCUGGCCUGCUACCUGGUGAAGGAUCAGGGCCUGGCUGCAGGAGAUGCCAUUGCCGAAAUCCGGCGCCUUCGACCUGGCUCCAUCGAGACCCACGAGCAGGAGAAGGCCGUCUUCCAGUUCUACCAGCGGACUAAGUAGGGGCCUGAGCCCUCUUCCCGGGCCCCGCUCCUCAGGCCAUGUUAGAUGAGGCCGGAGGUAGAGCAGACUAAAGGUGCCAAGCCCUCCCACUCCCAGCUGACCCAGGAGACUAAAGGAGCCCUCCCAGGGGUCCUGCCGACGAAUAAAUCACUUAUGAGAACAGUGCACAUUGCAGGGCACUUUACAGUGGACAAAGCACCCCACACAGCUCCUUGGAGCCUCCCAGUUAUGCUGGAGCAUAGGCGAGGCGGGGGGCGCACCCUGUGCUUUGGAGGAGCUGACUGACGCUCAGGAGGCCCAGAUCAUACCUGUAGGAUGGGAGCAUGGGCCAGCACAAAUCUUGGGGCUCAUGAAGCUGUUGUGAGUCUGUGUGCGUACCUGAUGAUAUUAGUGUGUUCUGGAGAGCUGCUCAGUGGAAGGACACACAUCCCUGCAUGUAGGGGCUCUGACGUUCAGGAGCAAGGAGCCCUCUGGACAUAGCCCUUCAUCUAGACCAUUAGCCCCACGGUGUCCUCCUUGUGGCCCCCUCAGGACAGAGAAGUCUGAUGUUGUAGCAAGGUAGUCUCUUCCUCCACCUCCCGAGAGCUGGGGACCUCAACUUGAAUCCCACCCUGCCUUCUGCCCUGGCAGGCCAGGCUGGAUGAGGUGGAAAUUCCCAAAAUACUUACCAACUCUGCCAUGUGCCAGGCUUUGUUAGAUGCAAGGCUAGCCUGCUAAGGAGACAUGGCUCAGCCAUGUAAUGAGCAUUGCCCCAGCAUUCCAGCUGUGGUGUAGAUGACGAGAUAGGGUCCCCUGUAGGCCCCCACCUUUGUGGCCUAGGCCACAGUAGGCAAAGCCUCUGCUCCUCGCUGCACCUUUCUCCCUCCCCCUGCCGCCUGCCCAGGUCAGUGCCACCCUGUCCCCUGUUUAUCAAUCCAAGUAAUCAGUUCCUCCCUUUCACUCCCCACUCAGCCCACCCAGAUGAGGGCAUCUACCAAAGAGGGGAUCCCACAAUUCCAAGCCUGCAGGCUGCAGCAGAAGAGUAAAAGGUAGCAGGAAGUGAAGGCAUGCUGAAACCCUCACCUCCGCCAGCUCCUACCCCCACCUCACACGCUACCCCUCCCUGACAGCAAAGCCUAUUCUUUUUCUCCAUGCGAACUAGAGCCUCUCCCAAAGGGAUGUAUGAACAUGUGUGUGCAUGGGUGUGUGUGUGUGUGUGUGUGUACACGGUAAGGCGUGGGGCAGGAAAGCUGUGAAUGCAUGGCCUACCUCCUGGGCCCCUUCCCUCCACUGCCAGGAUGGGGAAAGAGGUGGGAGUCUGGGAGCUGCACCCCAGGUUCAUGCCUCUGCUCCAAUAGAUGGAACAACCAACCCUUGCAUCUCGGCCCUUCUCUCUUCCUCUCUCCCCCCAACCCCCCCCCACACAUCCUCUGCCCUGCAGGAGAGGAGUCUUCCCUCCUUCCAAGGAGACAGAAAAUUUUUCUAGCCCCAUUAAAGCCCUGUGUGCAGCCUCCAUCCCAUAAUUUAAACAGGUCUCCUCUGCCUCAAGAGUUCCUUAGGGAAAUAAACAUGUAAUUAUGUGCUUAAGGAAAUCGGUUUUUAAAUAAGUAAGAGUUGACUUGAGAUGAAA